AGGUGGAGACGAAGGCCAAGCCGAAAGCCAGGAAGACACCCACGCUCAAGCUCACCUACUUCAACAUCGAAGGCGUAGUAGAGAAGGUGCGCCUCGCCCUGGUACUGGGCGGAAUCGAGUUCGAGGACGAGAGAGUUAGCUUCGACAAGUGGCAGGAGAUGAAGCCGACGACGAAGUACGGCCAGCUGCCGCUGAUGCAGAUUGGCGACGCCGAGCCCCUCGCGCAGAGCGGCGCGAUGCUGCGGUGGUGCGGGCGUCUCGCGAGGCUGUAUCCGCCCUCCAUGGCGCUCAAGAUCGAGGAGGCGAUCGGCCUCGAGGAGGACAUCGGGAAGCUCGUCCAGCCGUCGCUGUACGUGGGGAUGAAGCCGCAGGAG